GAUUCCUGAUAUUCCAGAGGCCCUCCAAUGAAAUACCAUUGACUAUCUCACCUUCAGCGAAAUACCACCGACUAAAGGCUGUACUGGCGCCUAUCCAGUAUUCCUGGUUAUAGAGCUUUACACGUUUUACCAUACACAGCAUCAGACGACUGAAAAAUAUGCCCAAGCAGAUAAAUGGCCAAAAAAAAGCUUCUGUCAUCCCAAAUGAUCUCAGUGACUCCUUUGAGGAAGAAGUUAAAGCUUUUCUGAGUGAUGAAGAUACACUACAUCUCUUUGAUGACCUUACCAAAGUUAAUCCUGUGACCACCACAACAGUUCUGAAAUGUCUACAAGCGAGAUACGCAGGAAACGUGUUCUACACCAAUGCUGGCUGCAGUCUUGUGGCUGUAAAUCCAUUUCAGCCCAUCUCUUCCCUCUAUUCUCCCGAGCUUAUGAAAGAGUAUCAUGCCGCACUUCGCCCUCAGGAGUUAAAACCUCACAUCUUUGCUGUGGCUGAACAGACCUACCGAAACGUCCAAAGCCAGAUCGAACCCGUGAACCAAUCUAUAAUCGUCAGUGGAGAAAGUGGUGCAGGGAAGACUUGGACAUCCCGCUGCCUUAUGAAAUUUUAUGCCACUGUUGCUGCUUCAACCACUUCCCCUAAAGGCAGUGAAAUGGUGGAAAGGAUCGAGAGGAGAGUACUUGACUCGAACCCUGUUAUGGAGGCUUUUGGAAAUGCAUGUACUCUACGGAAUAACAACAGUAGCCGUUUUGGGAAAUAUAUCCAGCUUCAGUUAAACAGAACACAACAUCUGACUAGUGCUUCCAUUCAAACUUUCCUACUGGAGAAAACCAGAGUUGCCUAUCAGGCCCCUUGCGAAAGGAACUUCCAUAUCUUUUAUCAGAUCACAAAAGGUGCCACUAAGAAAGAAAGGGCGGAGUGGAACCUCCAUGAAAGUGCAAACUUUUUCUGGUUGCCCAAUUCUGAAAAAGACCUAGAAGAGGACUGCUUUGGGGUAACCAGAGAUGCAAUGUUUCACUUGGGCAUUGACCACUCCACACAGAACAACAUUUUUAAGGUACUGGCAGGGCUUCUGCAUCUUGGUAACAUUCAGUUCUCUAGUGCCAUAGAUGAAUCUCAGCCUUGUAAGCCAGAAGAUGAUGCCAAAGGCUUUGUGAAGACCACAGCAGACUUGCUGAAAAUGUCCGCAGAAGAGUUGCUGGAAACACUGAGGAUUCGAACUAUAACUGCUGGAAAGCAACAGCAAGUCUUCAAAAAGCCCUGCUCCAGAUCAGAAUGCGAGACAAGAAGGGACUGCCUGGCCAAAGUUAUCUAUGCCAAAUUGUUUGACUGGUUGGUUUCGGUAAUAAAUGAAAGCAUCUAUGCAGAUUCUUCCACAUGGAGCAAUUUUAUAGGGUUAUUGGAUGUUUAUGGGUUUGAAUCUUUCCCUGAAAACAAUCUGGAACAGCUUUGUAUUAAUUAUGCCAAUGAAAAACUACAGCAACACUUUGUGGCACACUACCUGAAGGCACAACAGGAAGAAUAUGCAGCAGAAGGUCUUGAGUGGUCUUUUAUAAACUACCAGGAUAACCAGAGCUGUCUAGACCUGAUAGAAGGAAGCCCUGUCAGCAUCUUUUCAUUGCUCAAUGAGGAGUGUCGUCUGAACAGGUCCUCCAACAUCAGCCUGUUCCAAACCCGGAUUGAAAAAACCCUGUCAGAUAAUGAAUGUAUAAGUCGGGACAAGUUUAGCAAGAAGCCCAACUUCAUUAUUUCCCAUUAUGCUGGCAAAGUCGGUUACCAGGUAGAAGGCAUGGUGGAGAAAAACAAGGACCCGAUUCCACCAGAGUUAGUUCAGCUUCUGCAGACAUCUGAGGACUUGCUGCUUCAGACAUUGUUUCCUAUGACGGAGGAAAGCCAAAACGAUGUCAAAACCCAGAAUAGAGCAGCCAUUGUUACAGUGGUCUCAAAGUUCAAGGGGUCACUUGAAUGCCUGAUGCAGAUUUUAAAUAGCACUACGCCUCAUUACAUCAGAUGCAUCAAGCCGAACGCUGACUGCAAGGCAAUGACUUUUAAAAAAGAAGAGGUUCUCUGUCAACUUGAGGCAUGUGGCAUAGUAGAAACGAUCACUAUCAGUGCAGCUGGAUUCCCUAUUAGGCUCUCCUUCCAAAGUUUCACCGAGCGUUACGAAGUACUGAGAAAAUCACGUACAUCAAAGAAAAACACAGGACAUGAUGAUGAAAAUGGUCUCCCCCCUGCCAAGAAGAAAAAAGGUGGGACUGUGAUGCCGCAUAGUGAUGAAGCAUUGCGCUCCGUCAUCCAGGAGGUUCUUCAGAACGUGGUGGGGGCACAAAGUGCAGCUUCCCUCAAGCAAACAGAAGCCAAAGCCAACAAUUCUUUGGUAUAUUGUGGCAAAACCAAAGUAUUUAUGACGAACUCUAUGCUAGAACAACUGGAAGCCAGAAGAGCAGCAGUAUUUUCCGAGAGAGCAUUUUGCAUUCAGUGUUGCUGGAGAAGAUUUAAGCAGAGGAAGCUUGCAAAGCAGAGAUGGUCUGUUACCAUUAUCCAAGCAGCUGUUCGCUCCUGGCUAGCCAAGAAACAUUUCCAAAGGAUGCGUAGGGCUGCUAGCAUUAUAAAGCGUGUCUGGAGGAAAUGGAAAGCAAAAAUGGCUGCAAUAGCUGCAGAAGAGCUGGAUGACACCGAAGAAAAACCUAUUUCCUCGGUUCCUGGAGCUACCGUUUCCUUAGGCAUGUCACCUGGCCCACUGGGAACAACUUGGCCUCUGAGUGCAAUAAUCCAGUUGUGGCCUCUUGGACUAGCCCUGUCCACUGCACCUGUUACAGUGGGCGGGCUUCGACGAGACCCGUCCUUGCUGAUGUGCUUGAAAGUGCUUCAUCAGAACAACCGCUGCAAAAUAGAGAGCAAUUUGUUUGGCUGUGGCAUCGCCUCCAUCAGAGCACUCCCACAGGGCUCCAUCAAGUUUCACUGCAAGAAAUCUCCACUGCUACAUGCGAAUGUCAGUCCUCAUAACCAGGCCUACAUCAUCACUGGAUUCAACCAAAUUUUACUAGAUAGGAAAAAACUGCUCACCACAUAAGGCGGCCUGCCUUUUUGUCACCUUAAUUUAUUGCACUUUUUCCUUCAAGGAAGGACUUCCUGCCAGCUGCCUCUUCCAGGUAUUUCAGGCCGUCCUCCUUCGUUGCAUGAGAAGGAUCAAUUUAAAUGUAUCUGCUGCUACCUCAGUCUUGCUUUUUUACUGCAAGUUGCGUGUACUACAUUGCUAAAGGUGUAAAACUACAUCUCUUCGGGGUUAGCCUAGAUUUCUUCCUUUCUCCUACAGAUAGUGGGAGAUGUGUCAAUACUAAGAAAACACUGAAGUAUGGCUACAGAGAAAGAAAACCUAAAGUACCUUUCACUAGAAUUAUAAUAGAGAAAAUAUAUACCUGAACAAAUGGAAGUCUUUGAUCUAACAAGCACUCUUUUAGCACUACUCAAUACACAAGAGGCUGACAGUAAGGUUUUUUAAAAAUCUGAAAUGAAUUCUCUGCUAGUUUUCCCCCUCCAUCCCCAUCAACCCACUUUCCUCUGCAGCUAAAUACAACUGUUUUGCUCAGCCAACACUAAAAUUUAGCAGUCCAGUAGCACUUCUGGCCAUGAAAAUGCAAAGAAUUUUAACGGUUUUCAUUAUGACCAGAUGUUAAGCAUAAUGCUAGAUAGAGCUCUCAGGAAAAGUACAGUUACUUCUUUGUCAGAUAAAGAUCUAAACGUAUUUGUAACCAGAUUUAAACAGCAGGGAAAAGAACAAAAUAUACAGAUUCAGGAUUUAUCUGCCCAAAGUUAGGUGCAGUGCACUGAGUCAAGCCUUUUAAAAAACUAUUAGGAUGCUAUUGCUUCUUCAGAAAGAGGCUAUACUCUUUUCUUUUUUUUUUUGCAAAAAUGUACAUCUUUCACAUUGUCCAUGUGGUCAGUAGCACAGAUGGCUUUUACCACAGGAUCCUUUGGACUGCCAAAGCAAACUGAAUGUUUUUCCUCUCCUCUUUCACACGGGUCUGGGAAGUGUUUUGUGGGUUUGUGUACAUGUCAUUUUAAUAAACAAGUCUCUUGCGGGUGUAUCUGA